CUAGAGAACCAAAAAUGAGAUUCAACUGAGAGGAAGAAACUACCUGGAAAAUUAGAGCCAAAAAUGCAAACCCACUUGCUGUUUCUCUACUGUUACAUUGGUCUCUCUCUUGUUUUUGCUGAGGGGGCUCAAACCAUUGCAAAUGAUGAAUUGUCAACCUUACUUGCCAUAAAAGCCAGUCUCAUUGAUCCUUUAAAUAAGCUCAUGGACUGGAAACUGCCAAACAAUGUGGUGGAGAACAAGUUUCUGCAUUGUAACUGGACUGGAGUUUCAUGUAACUCGAGAGGGUUUGUAGAUAAGAUUGACCUGUCGAAUAUGAAUCUCAAUGGCAGUGUUUCCGAAAGCAUUCAAGGCUUGCGGAGACUUUCUUCUCUCAACAUUUGCUGCAAUGAGUUUACCUCAUCGCUGCCGAAAUCCUUGUCCAAUCUUACUGCAUUGAAGAGCUUUGAUGUAAGUCAAAAUAACUUAUUUGGUAGCUUCCCAACCGGUCUUGGAAAGGCGUCAGGAUUGACUUCAGUUAAUGCGUCAAGCAAUAACUUCUCAGGCUUUCUCCCUGAGGAUCUUGGCAAUGCUACAUCACUUGAAAGCUUGGAUUUGAGAGGGGGAUUUUUCGAAGGUCCGAUUCCUACCUCUUUCAAGAAUUUGCAGAAACUGAAAUUUCUAGGCCUUUCAGGUAAUAAUUUGACAGGAAAGAUUCCACCAGAGCUUGGGCAGCUUUCUUCUUUGGAAACUACAAUUCUUGGAUACAAUGAGUUUGAAGGAGAAAUCCCGGAAGAGAUUGGCAAUCUUACCAACCUGCAGUAUCUUGACUUGGCGGUUGGCAGUCUCAGUGGCCAGAUUCCACCUACAUUGGGUAGGUUGAAGCAACUUACAACAGUGUACCUGUAUAACAACAAUUUUACAGGAAGGAUUCCUCUAGAACUUGGCAACAGUACAUCUUUAGUGUUUCUGGAUCUAUCUGCUAAUCAGAUUUCUGGAAAGAUACCGGUAGAGUUAGCAGAACUGAAGAAUUUGCAGCUCUUGAAUUUGAUGUGCAACAAAUUAACUGGUUUCAUACCAGACAAGCUCGGUGAGUUGACCAAAUUAGAGGUACUUGAGCUAUGGAAGAAUUCUUUGACAGGUUCUUUGCCAAUGAAACUUGGGCAGAACUCACCUUUGCAAUGGUUAGAUGUGUCAUCAAACUCAUUGACAGGUGAAAUUCCGCCAAGUUUGUGCAGCUCUGGCAAUCUUACUAAGCUCAUUCUCUUCAACAAUUCCUUCUCCGGUAUAUUCCCAAUCAGUUUGUCGGCAUGUAAGUCACUUGUACGUGUUCGAAUGCAAAAUAAUCUUAUUUCUGGGACAAUUCCAGUUGGUUUGGGUAAUCUCCCACUGCUUCAAAGGUUGGAAUUGGCAAAGAACAAUCUCACAGGCCAAAUUCCAGAAGAUUUUUCUCAGUCUACAUCACUGUCUUUCAUUGAUGUUUCUUGGAACCACCUAGAAUCAUCUGUCCCAUCUAGCAUUCUCUCCAUUCCAAAUCUUCAAACAUUCAUGGCUUCCCACAACAAUUUGCAAGGCAAGAUCCCAAACCAGUUUCAAGAUUGCCCAUCUCUCUCGGUGCUUGAUCUUUCAAGCAAAAGUCUCUCCGGCGAAAUCUCAGAAAGCAUUGCUUCAUGUGAGAAGCUGGUGACUCUAAACCUUAGAAACAAACAGCUCACUGGGGAAAUUGCAAAAUCAAUCGCAAGAAUGCCAACAUUAUCCAUUCUUGACCUGUCCAACAAUACUCUGGUUGGUAGGAUUCCAGAAAAUUUUGGAACCUCGCCAGCCCUGGAAAUGCUCAACUUGUCUUACAACCAGCUUGAAGGUCCAGUGCCAUCAAAUGGUAUAUUAACGACAAUAAAUCCUAAUGAUCUUAUAGGCAAUGCUGGUCUAUGUGGUGGCGUACUCCCACCAUGUUCCCAGAGACAGUCAGCAAGAACAGGGCAGUCAAGGAAUAAGCAUAUCAAUCAUAUCAUUAUCGGAUUUGUCACCGGAGCUUUGGUGAUAAUAACUCUUGCCACUGCAUUUUUCACUGGCAAAUGGCUAUAUAAAAGAUGGUACUUGUACAACAGUUUCUUUGAUGAUUUGUUCAAGAAGAGCUGCAGAGAAUGGCCUUGGAGAUUGAUAGCAUUCCAGAGGCUGAAUUUCACAAGCAGUGAUAUACUAUCUUGCAUCAAGGAAUCAAAUAUCAUCGGCAUGGGCGGAACUGGGAUUGUUUACAAGGCUGAAGUUCAUCGCCCACAUAUGAUUGUGGCAGUUAAGAAGCUAUGGAGAUCUGAUAAUGACAUCGAAAAUGGUGAUGAUUUAUUCGGAGAGGUGAGUCUCUUGGGAAGGCUUCGACACAGGAACAUUGUACGACUACUAGGGUAUCUUCACAAUGAAACAGAUGUAAUGAUGGUGUAUGAGUACAUGCCAAACGGGAGUCUUGGAGCAGCACUGCACGAUAAAGAAGCUGGGAGGUUGUUGAUCGACUGGGUUUCCCGGUAUAACAUAGCAGUUGGUGUGGCUCAAGGUCUAAACUAUCUCCACCAUGACUGUCAACCACCAGUCAUCCACCGCGACAUCAAGUCUAACAACAUACUUCUUGAUGCAAAUCUUGAGGCAAGAAUAGCAGAUUUCGGUUUGGCAAGAAUGAUGGUUCACAAGAAUGAGACAGUUUCAACGGUGGCUGGAUCUUAUGGCUACAUUGCACCUGAAUACGGAUACACUCUAAAGAUUGAUGAGAAGAGUGACAUUUACAGUUUUGGCGUUGUACUUCUGGAGCUUCUGACUGGGAAAAUGCCUCUAGACCCAGCAUUUGGAGAAUCUAUUGAUAUUGUUGAAUGGGUUCUAAGGAAGCUCAAAAGCAACAGAACCCUAGUAGAAGCACUGGACCCAAGCAUAGCAGGGCAGUGCAAACAUGUUCAAGAAGAAAUGCUUCUUGUCCUUCGAAUAGCACUUCUUUGCACUGCAAAACUCCCCAAGGACAGACCAUCCAUGAGGGAUAUUAUCACAAUGCUCGGCGAAGCAAAGCCGAGAAGGAAAAGCAUGUGCCACAAUGGAUCACACAAUUCUAACAAAGAGAAGCAAAUCUUCAGCAACUCACCAGUAGUAGGCCUUCUGUAGAGAGUUUCUUAUGGCUGCUGUUCAUUUCAUGUAAACCUUUCCCUGCGAAUAAAUUUGUGGUUUUGUACCAUUAGUUCUGUUGCAGGCUGGAAGGAAAAGAUUGUUGAUAUAAAUGUUUAUUCAUCUUAAAUAAGCAAGUUUCGAAUU